GCUCUGCAAGCAUGUGGUGAACUGUCAUCGCGCUCUCGACGACUGAAGACCUUAAAGGAGUACGAGCGUAUCGCUUCAACGCAUUCCAUUUGACUUAACCGUCAAACUUUACAGCCAAAAUGAAAGUUGUGGGACCUGUAGGACCUACCUGCGCGCUGAAGAGCAGCAAAGUUGGAGGAGAGGAUGUUGUCCGCUGCCUCUCCGACCAGAGCCUCACCAUUUCCAAAUGCAAGAUCCCGCUGCUCGACGAGCAGAUGACCAUGUUUCUCCAGGACAUGAACAGCUGCUACAGCAAACUGAAAGAGCUGGUGCCCACGCUACCGACCAACAAGAAAGCAAGCAAGAUGGAGAUCCUGCAGCACGUUAUUGAUUACAUCUGGGACUUGCAGGUGGAGCUGGAUAGCAAGAAGAACCAGAGCUCGGCUCCCCGCACUCCCCUGACGACUCUGAACGCGGAGCUGGCCAGCAUCUCUGUUGAGAACGGCUGUUCAGAUGACCGAAUCAUGUGCCGUUAAAGUGGAUGCUCCCA